AUGCAAACCCUUCGCUUUGAGUCACCAAUCAUAGGAAUUAGUCCUUGCAAGGACAAUUUUGUUGUUGGUACAGAGAACGAUGGGAUUUUUGUUGCAUCUUCAAAUACUUAUGAUAUUAAGCUUCAAAUUCCUUUACCUUCGCAAUUAGUUCCAACAGGACCACCAGUUUUCUCCAAAGAUGGAGAUUUCAUAUGGUUACAAACAGGCAAAUCAAUUCAAUGCAUUAAACCAGUUCAAAAUGCGCAAUUCAAACAAAUAGAUUUUGAUUAUCAAAUUAAAAACGUUUAUCCACAUUCAGAUCGCGUCUCCGUAGUUGCUGUACUCGAAAAUAAAGAAAUUCGUAUUGCUAGAGCAGAUGAAAACGCAAAUCCAAUUUCAUUUGGACCAUUAAGUGAAAAUGAAUCUAUAAUUUCAGUAUUAUUCUAUCAUAGGAAAGCUUACAUUGUCAUUGAUGCCCCCAAACCAUACAUACAAAUAUUAGAUGCUCAAACAUUUGCAAAAUCAGGCGAAAUUAUGCUUCCAAACAGAAGUUCUAAUAUAUAUACGGCCGUGUCCAGUGAGUUCGGAGUUGUUAUUAUCUGGUCCGAUGGUUAUUGGACUCGUUAUACAGAAGGAGAAUCAGAUGCAAUUUCAGAUGGCAAAGUUAUUGCAGCACAAGAGUAUAAACUUAUGCAAAGUCACUUAGCGUGCAGUUGUCAAGACUCAGUUCAUAUCUAUGACCUCAAAUUCGAUGCUGAAUUACAAAAAAUCGAAAAUCCAUCACAACACAUUUGUUUAUUUUCUAACAAAAUCGUUAUUACUCAAGACCGUGUUGUUCAUAUCCGUGAUUGGCGUGGUGUGAAACCAACAACAUCACUUUCCUUAAUUGGCUCUUGUUCUAAACAGAAACCGAGAGAAGAACUUGUCCUUCAGAUCCAAUACGAUGACGACAUGAAACACCCUACGACAGCACCAGUUUCACAAGAAACAGCAGUUUUCAACAUCAAAUCAUUACGUCACGCAGUCGAGAGUGUCAUGGAAGACAAAUUUGUUUCAUCAGAUGCUAGACAAACAGCACUUGAAUUGGCGGAAAAAGAAGAAGAAACAGAUCUUCGUGAAUUGGCGAAAUUCCAGUUAUUAACAACAAUUCCAUAUUCAUCCGUUGUUCGAGCUAUCGAGAACAAGUCAUUUGACACAGCAUCUAUGAUGCUUAAGAAAGUUGAACCACUUAAUUCAGAACAAGUUGUUCAUUUGAUCCGUUUAUUAAUGAGUACACUCAAAGAGAACGAAGUUGUCUUGACACAUUUGAUCACACAACCACAUAAUGAUUCCGUUCUUCAAGGUGCUAUCACAUCAUUGACUGCUCAAGAAGCCGAUUCACUUCUUCAGUUCUUGUCCGUUAUUAUUCGAAGCAGGCGUCAAUGGAAAGACUUUGAAGCAUCACUUACAGCAUUAGAUUCAGCAACUCGAUGGUCACGAAUUAUCAUUUCAAGUCAUUUGACCGGUUUAGCACUUGAGAAUUAUACAACGGGUCUUAAGAUGGUCCAGAGCGAGUUACGUAAUGAACAAGAUCGAAUCCACAGUGCAGGCAACUGCUGGGCAAUCUUAAAGAACAUUACAGGUGAUAAAAAGUCAGAUGCACCUCCUUCUUUCAUGUAUAUUGUAGAGAAACUUCAGAUUCCUGAAUAA